AUGGCCGUGAAUGUGAGACGAUACGGUCAGAUCGAGAUGCCAGAGUGGGCGAGGGCGACUGAUGCCGAGUGGCGCAGUCGGACGGCAGAUCCUUGGCCACCGAACGUCGACCACGUGCAACUUGAAAUCGAGUACAGAGAAGUGAAAAGAACAUACUGGGACGAGUUCAAAUCUGGUUCAUCGGAGAUGGGGCUAUUGUACAAAGCACGCAAAGAGGAAAACGAGAGGAAGCAUGGAAGCCAGGGUGUUUUCGAGGAUUUGGGAAGGUUGUGGCCGGAGCAUGCUGAAGAGAUUGCGAAGAGUAGAGCCAUCCAUCGAGAGAUUGAAAUCGCGUAUGACAAUUUCUGGUUCAAAAUGGGCUGUCUCGAUUGGAUAGUGGCACAACGGCUGGGCGAUGUCUGGAGAAAUGCAAACGAGCAAAUCUGGAGGAAUGGACGAUUGGAGUGCCGGCGAGGAGACGAAGACACCCAAAUCAUGACCGACACCAAAGACUACGCUCCCCAACCACCUCCGCAAUCCAGUCCCUCUAUCAUCAGCCACUCCACCCGUCAACCAUCAUGGACCGGCUCCAUCAAUAACGAGCCGACAAGCACAAACACAUCACCCGUUCUACACAACCGCAAACGCUCCGCCGACCAUUUACCUUCUGAGCCGCACAUCUCCCGCAAAGGCCGGGCAUGCCUAGCCUGUCGCAAACUCAAAGUCAAAUGUGACAGUCUGGAGCGCGGCGACGCGGGAUGCUCCCGCUGUCAACGCCUCAGCCUCGACUGCAUUACCUCGAAGCGUGCGCGCAUGAGCAUCGACGACGAUGAGGGCCAUCUACACCCGUCCAUCGUCCGCCUCGAUCGCGCCGUCGAGGACAUUUUGGCGCGCCUGAAAAUGCCCGCAUUGGACUCGUAUAACGCUCAAUUUCCAUCUCUAAGUCAACCUCAAUCUCAAGCUCAGAGCAGCCUGCUUCUUCAACCCACUGCCCCUUUACAACAAUUUAGCACGCACCUCGCCCCGCCACACAUCCAGUCCACGGCGCAAACAACCCGCGAGAACUCGCGCGAACCCAAUGCCGAGGACAAUGCGGCCGAAAUGGCGCCCGCUCCAAUGGGCAGCCUCUACGAGGUUACCCAACUCAACACACUCCGAAGCCGUCUCAAGUCCGGCGAUCCCGCCCGUCGCAACUCGAGGAAGAACAUGGAAAACGACUUGGUCUCUAUGGGCCUAAUCGGAACGGAUGAAGCCGAAGAAAUGAUCCGACUCUUCAAAACCACAUUGUCGCGCUACCUCUUCGAUGCGACCAUUCACGAAUCUCAGACCCUACAGUCCAUAAGGGAAUCAUCAACACUGUUCUUCACCGCCAUAGUAACAGUGACGUCCCUACACAUCCCAGGUCGGGAAAAGACAUAUGCCACAGCGCACAAACACCUUCGCGAUCUCAUUGCCGCAAGCUUUUUCGACCGCUUCCAUACGCUUGAGGACAUUCAUGCGUUGUGUAUCGCGGCAUUCUGGCUUCCGGAUCUUUCCUGGAAACUGUCAGGCCACUGCGUGCGCAUGGCGACCGAACUCAAUCUGCACCAGGCAUUCUACAAGGCCUUGUACUCUCAAAAACAAUCCGAGACCGAGCGCGGACACGCGUUUGAGCGCGCGAGGCUGUGGUACUUGUUAUACGUGCUGGACCACCACUUCAGUAUCGCGUAUGGCCGACCGCCCGUCACGGCCGAGUUGCAGGCGAUCAAGGAGUAUGAUGUCUUUCUGAAUGCGCCGGAAUGCACACCAUCCGACAGGCGGGUGUUGUCACAGGUCACGUUGUUCAUUAUCCUUAGUAAGGCUUACAACCACUUCGGUCUGGAGGCGGAGCGGUUGAUGGACGGAGACGAUGUCACACUACUCACACACCAGAGAUUUAUGGAAGAUCUAGAUCGAUGGAGGUAUCAGUUUCGACAUGCCUUGAACAGAGAUGCUCAUAUUGGCGACUACCCUGCCGUUGGCGUUGACCUCCAUUAUUACUUCGCCUCGAUGAUGCUCAAUUCCCUGGCACUAAGAGGCCGGUCUCUCGUCAACAUCUCUUCCACCUCAACUCUUCCAAGCAGUCUUCGCCCGCUAGCAUCCCAAGCUAUCAAUUCGGCUCAUCAGAUACUGAUCAUUGUCCUCGACGAACCUUCCAUACGAGAUUCCAUGGUUGGCGUACCGUUGUACUUGCAUACUGUCAUCGCCUUCGCCGUCGUGUUUCUCAUCAAGAUGUCGUCCCGUUGGGCUGGUAUUGGAGUGACUAUCGAUCCGGAGGAGAAAACGAAACCGCUGGUUGAAGGCGUUAUCAAUCUGUUCAGAAGUUGUCAGGCUGGCAAGAACCAUAUUCUGUACGCCAUGGCCGACGGAUUUGAGAGGUUGCUACGAAGCAAUCUCGGAAGUGGCAAUUUGUUUCCUUCCAAAGCCCGCAACGUCAACGCACAAGCGCAGGUCGGCCUGUAUCCACAUGCAAACGCUCAACGAGACGGCAGUCUCUCCCUUCCGGCGCCAGCAUUGAAUCAACAGCAUCCAACAUACUCAAGGGCGGACAAUUACACGGCGAGCACACCAACAAUCCUUCCUGCACAACACAGCACCAUGUCUCCAAGUGCCUUCACACCAAAAUCAAACACACAAUCACAUCCACAUGCCAAUGGAAGUAGUUUCGACAAUUAUCUCUCGCCGCACAGCCAACCUACGUCGUCCGGAACAUUUGGAGGAUGGCAGACUGAAGAUGAUAUGUUGUGGAGUAUGGGUAUGGGUUAUGACCUGCUCGCCACUGCGCCAGAUGCACAGGGUUUCCUUGGGUGGCCUACACUUGGGCCGCAACUGGAUCCCAUGUAG